AUGAAGCUCGUGUGGGCCCUCGUGGCGAUAAACUACUUCUCCCCCGCGAGAACAACUCCCCGACAGUCUCUGUCCAGCAGGCUAUUUUUCGAAAGGGGACUUUUCAGCAGAAAUAAUGUACAUAUUACCAGCUUCACCAAGAAGGACAAAAAAUAUUUCAUCGUGAAGAAACCUGAUAUGUGUACAAAUGUGAUCAUCGUCCCCAUGUACAGAGACAACUAUGCCUAUAUUUUUUACGAUGAUAAGGAUGAAGGAGUGGCAGUGGAUCCAAGUGACUACAACGUCGUUAACGAAGUCGCCGAAAUGGAAAAUAUAAAAAUUAAAAAUGUGCUAUGUACACAUAAACAUGCUGACCAUAAUGGGGGAAAUAGCUACUUUUUCAACAAAAAAAUUAAUGUGUAUGGAAUUAAAGAAAAGGACAAUAGAUACAUAAAUAGAAAUCUUCAAAACGUACAAACUUUCGAAAUAAAUAACUUUAAAAUUUCCACAUUUCUGUCACAUUUUCACUGUAAUAAUCAUAUUUCAUACUUAGUGGAAAAUGCCCAAAAAGAUUCCUCAAAGAAUAAAAUUUUUUUUACAGGAGAUUUUCUGUUCAUAUGUGGACUGGGCAAAAAUUUUGAAGGCAACAAUUUCGACUUGCACAAUUCUGUAAAGAAUUUAAAAAGGCUACAAAAAGACGCAGCAAACAUUUACAUUUUUUGCGGACAUGAAUAUACACAAGACAAUGUAAAAUUUGCUUUAACUGUAGAUGGACUUAACCCCCUAUUGGCUGCCUUCCAGCAACAACUUCUGGCAAACAAAAAUAUGCUUCCCACUGUGCCUUCUCUCCUGGAAGAUGAAUUCGCAUACAACCCCUUCUUGCGAUGUGAUGAGGAAUACAUACAGAACGAAAUUAAUAAGUACGCAAAAAGGAACCAUUACGUUAUUAGUGCCAAGUCUGAGUAUAUAGCCCUUUUGCGCGUGAUGAAGGAUAACUUUAAGGGUUAUUGA